ACGCUGAUUGUAAGAAGUCGAAAUGAGGCUCGCCUCAUGAACCACAAAUGCUGAUCUCUGAGCUGAGCCACAGGAGGGACAACAAAAUCACCACGGUACCUGAACUUGAGCUACGGAAGCUGGUUGGAGAUUUCUAUCUGAGCAGCCUCCUACAGCUUCAUUCUGCUGAGAUGCAGGAGCAGUUGUUGUCUUGCCUCAGCAGUGACCCUUACUCGAACUGGGAACCGUGGGACAAAAAGGACUCUGGCCGCUGGUCUCUGAGCCCAGGAUACGACCUCAGCUCCGGUGUCUUCUCCUACAAUAGCCAGCCAGAUGGGCAGGUGUUCAGUUUGGAUAUCCUAGGUCACACACAGCAGCCACCACCUUGCUGUCUUCUCUUCUCUACUGUUUAAUAUGAUACCAAAUUCCAU